AUGUUGCCUAGAGAGCUAGUGGUCUCAGUUUCCGGGCAGUGGCCUUGCAGAGAACAGCAGGCGAAGCAGUUGGCUCAUCUGCUAUGUACCUCUUUAUCCUCCCCACCCGCUGUAAUAGUUCAUGGGCCCAAGGGCUCUGGCAAAUCAACAAUUCUCAGAGCCUUACUGCGAGCGUACACUGAUAGCCAAGGGAGUGAAAGCGCGAAAGGAAAUGGUAACCAUCGGGUAGCAUCCGGAGUAAAAAGACAAAAAUUGUGUCAUGGAAAAAACGAUGGACUGAAACGAUGCCAGUUUUGCUACGCAGUAGUGAAUGUUGCCGAGUGUAUAUCAGCGAACCAUCUCUUUAUGAAGAUUAUUUCCUGCACCAUUGAUGCUAUUCAACGGUGCACCACUGGAAGGCCAGACGAUGAAUGGAUAAAUACUGUUGGCAGUUUACGUUGUGAGCAUGUGAGCUCGCUUUCAGGGCUGCUUGGGAAUAUCCUGCGUAAAGCCGAGUGUCAGCGAUUUGUCUUGUUGUUAGACGGAGUGGACGAACUACGGGAAGGAGGGCAAAUGCUGUUGGCAGCAUUGUGUCAAAUUGGCCGUAUGCUGCCGAAUACAACUAUAGUUUUCACUUCAAAGUUUUCACCCCGGCCCCUUCUACUUCAUGCAGCCGGUACACCCCAUGUCUACUUUCCUCCUUACACACGGGCAGAAAGCAUAGCUAUUUUAGCCAACUUACCUCCGCCGGCUCUACCUCGGCUACCCGAAACUACCGCCGCCAAGUUAUACCCUCCCUUUUUAGCAACGUUGUACGAUUCAUUGAUUGGCCCAACUGCAGGAACAGUAUCAACUUUUCAGUCAGUAUGCGAGAAAAUAUGGCCGCGGUUUGUUGCACCUAUAACGAAUGGGGAGACGCCUCAUGGAGGUGGGACGACAGAAUGGGACUUCCCCCGACUUCUUGUGAAGAAUAGGUCGCUCUAUCAACACCAGGGAGAACAGUUGUUAAGCCAUAGAAUUGUUUCCGAGGACUACGCUGCCGCGACUGCUUCGCCGACCGUAACAACCAAACCCACACUCACUUUGCCUUCUCUUCCAUAUUUACCAACCCUAGUGCUUACUGCUGCUUUUCUCGCGGCUCAUAUACCUCCUCGCCUUGAUUUAUCUCUUUUCUCUAAAUUUACACCAUCAAUCAAACGCCGGCGAAGGCGUCUAAAUACAGCUAGCCAACCGAAAACACCCGCUAAAGCAGACGAGGAUCAAACCGAAGACACCCCGAAAAAGGGCGGGAAAACUGGAACCCAGUCAAAGGCACCUAAAGGAACAACCAACACCAUGUCUGUCCCCGGAGGCACACGUGGUGGCCGAAGUAGUUACUUCGUUAAUCCUCAUUCGUUUACUCUUGAACGACUUCUAGCUGUGUAUCGCGCUAUAGAUCCGAAUCCCCCAUUAGUCAAGGAUAUAUCUCUAGCAGAUACGAUAUACCCAGAAUUGGCAACAUUACAUCGCCUCCGCCUCCUUAUUCCUGCCUCUGCGGUUGCAGCAGCAGCUGGGGGAGUUGUUGAUGGGGCUGAGAAAUGGUGCCUCAAUGUCAAUGCAAUGGUUAGUGUCGGCAAUUCUAUCAGCGAUGAAUGGGUUGUUGAGAUGGCCCACGGCAUAGGAAUAGAAGUAGAGGAAUACUUGGGAUUGGGAUAA